UGGUCAUCUGUACUAUGUCCGCAGUCUCUUGUCAUCUCCUGUACUGUGUCCGCAGUGUCUGGUUAUCUCCUGUACUAUGUCCGCAGUCUCUGGUCAUCUCCUGUACAAUGUCCGCAGUCUCUGGUCAUCUCCUGUACUGUGUUUCAGUCUCUGGUCAUCCCCUGUACUAUGUCCGCAGUCUCUGGUCAUCUCCUGUACUAUGUCCGCAGUCUCUGGUCAUCUCCUGUACAAUGUCCGCAGUCUCUGGUCAUCUCUUGUACUAUGUCUGCAGUCUCUGGCCAUCUCCUGUACUGUACUAUGUCCGCAGUCUCUGGUCAUCUCCUGUACUAUGUCCGCAGUCUCUGGUCAUCUCCUGUAGUCUGCAGUCUCUGGUCAUCUCCUGUACUGUGUCCGCAGUCUCUGGUCAUCUCCUGUACUGUGUCUGCAGUCUCUGGUCAUCUCCUGUACUGUGUCCGCAGUCUCUGGUCAUCUCCUGUACUAUGUCCGCAGUCUCUGGUUAUCUCCUGUACAAUGUCCGCAGUCUCUAGUCAUCUCCUGUACUAUGUCUGCAGUCUCUGGUCAUCCCUGUACUAUGUCCGCAGUC